CUCAGUGAGAUAGGAGUCUCUGGCUGGUCACGUUGGGAUCAAGUUCGCUCGCUAGGAUUUUGGGGGAGACACAUCCAGACAAUCACCCCCUUUGACCUGAGAUGGAGUCUGAUCCUUUAAUUGGGACCUUGGACAGGAGCUGGAGUGCUAACCCGGACUUUGGAACCCAAGAGAUUCUCCCCAAAGGCAGAAAAUAUUCCUAUUCUUCCACUGCGUCAUCUGGAUGCUGCAGCCUGGAGCAGGGGGGCCCUGAACCCCCCAAACACGAUGCCAGAUACGGUCCAGCUGGUGGAGGUGGCGGUGAUCUCUGUGUGAAGCAAGCAGUUGUCUUCAUUGAGGAUGCUAUACAGUACCGCUCCAUAGAUCAUCGUGUCGACCCAACAUCUCUUCAGCUUUAUCGAUGGUAUUACUCCGACGUUUGCCAAUGGAUUUUGAAUGUGACCAUAUUUGUGAACUUGGCCCUGGCCUUCGUAGAAAAGCCUUCAUCGUUGUCGGUGACAUCAGACGUGCGUUAUCGACAAGCUGCUUGGGAGCCUCCUUGUGGAGUGACAGAGAGCAUAGAAUUCCUGACGUUCCUUGUAUUUCUUGCCGACGUGUCUGUCAAGAGCUAUUUAGUUGGCUGGAAUGAGUUUGUGAAGAGCAAGUGGUUGUUGUGUUAUAUACUCGUACUCGCUGUCUCCAUCGUUGACUGGACAGUGUCUGUAUGCUUCUUGUGUCGGGAGGGAGUAAGAAUUCGGCGUCUCCUGCGCCCUUUCUUCCUUUUACAGAAUUCCUCAUUAAUGAAAAAAACACUAAAAUGCAUUAAACGGACAUUACCAGAAAUGGCCAGUGUGAUGCUGCUACUGACUUUGCACCUUUGCCUUUUUACCAUGUUUGGUAUGCUGCUAUUUGCUCACGCAAAGGAUUCUAUGGUGGAUGUAGAAUGGCAAAGAUAUUUUCGUAAUCUGCCAGAUUCCUUAACAUCUCUAUUGGUGCUACUGACAACGGCAAACAACCCUGAUGUGAUGCUUCCUGCGUAUUCGUUAAACAGAGCGUAUUCUCUAUUCUUCGUUAUAUUCACUGUUAUAGGUAGCCUGAUCUUGAUGAAUUUACUGACUGCUAUUAUAUACAAUCAGUUCCGAGGAUACCUCCUGAAAUCUGUUCAAGCUUCUCUGCUGAGAAGACGACUGGGGAUUCGAGCCGCUUUCGAAGUACUUUCUUCUCACAGUACUGGCGCACACCCAACUUUUCACCAAAUGGUUUUUGUAGAUUCUGAGACUUUCUUGAACAUGUUGCAGGAAGUGAAAAUGGAUGAAUAUUGCAGAAUUGCCAUUACAGAGAAAGUAAAAGGUUUGUCAAAUGGCGUAAUAUCAGCAGAACAAUUCCAGAAACUCUUUGAUGAGCUUGAUAAGGAUCCAGUCAAACUGCAUCCCCCGCAGCCUUAUUAUGAAUCAAGGUUUCUGCAGAUUUUGCAGGUUAUUGGAAGUCACCGCUACUUUGAUUACCUAGGAAACAUUGUUGCUCUGGCCAAUCUCAUAUCCAUCUGUGCACUCCUAAUGUUGGAUGCCGAGAAGCCCGGUAUCGACCGAGAUGAUUUUGUUUUGGGGGCUAUUAACUGUUUUUUCAUUCUCUACUACGUGGUGGAAAUGGCCCUGAAAAUCUUUUCCCAUGGGUUUAAAAGUUAUAUCUCGUACAAGAGCAACAUCUUCGAUGGACUUCUCACCAUAAUCCUGCUGAUCUUGCAGAUUGCUACCUUCGCUCUGUACAAUUUCCCCCAUCCAGGCUGGAAGCCUGAUAUCCAGGGGCUGCUGUCUCUAUGGGAGAUGGUGCGGCUCAUGAACAUGUUUAUAGUCUUCAGAUUCUUGCGGAUUAUACCCAACAUGAAGGUCAUGUCCUUGGUAGCCGGCACUCUCUUGGACCUUGUGAAAAAUCUAAGGGCUUUUGCUGGAAUCUUGGUGGUGGUGUAUUAUGUGUUUGCUAUAAUUGGAAUAGACCUCUUCAGAGGCGUUUUACCUUCUCCAAAGAAUUCAAGUGUUACGACCAACAAAACCCAGGACAAUGAAACUCAACAGUGUGGCACCUUUGAACAACUUGAAUAUUGGCCAAACAACUUUGACGAUUUUGCAGCUGCUCUUGUGACAUUGUGGGAUGUAAUGGUCGUGAAUAACUGGCAAGUCUUUCUCGACGCCUUUUCUAGAUACACCACGCCGUGGUCCAAGUUGUACUUUGUGGCGUGGUGGCUGGUGUCUUCUGUAAUAUGGGUCAAUCUCUUUGUUGCUCUGAUUUUAGAGAAUUUUAUUCACAAAUGGGAUCGCAGCAACCGCCCCUCCCUGUCGACCGUUCAGGAAGUGGAGUAUCAUAUGACUGUUCAACAAAUGUUCAGGGAGGACCUGGAAGAACCAACAGAUGAAGAACUUCUGGACCGACUACACCACCACCCUCAUCUCCAUUUGUCCAGGUGACACCAGGGUUUGAGUUUUUUUUUUUUCUGGACACUUUAGCAAGAUGUACAAGGACGUAAUGUAUAUUUUUUUUAUUUUUUUUUGCACACUCACUUUGAGCUGCUAUGCCAAAUAUAAUGAUGCUUUUAUUGAAGUCAAGUGUGCGUCCGGUGUAAGAACUGUGACGGCUGGAACUGUGGAGUUAUGAACACUGCCAUCACCCGAUGUGUUGAACACCUUUCCCGGAUGACGUGAUUCCAUUGGUGGACCAUACGAUUUUCUUAUUCUUUGUUUCUGAAAUUUCCAUCUUCUUCAGGACUCGAUCCUUGGUUUCCAGCUGUUUUUAGAAGUGAAUGAAUUGUUGAAUGUCUGCUAA